CACGACGCAGACUCGGCGGUGCAGGUCAGCCAGCCACGCCCGCCCCGUUCUUGCUCCUUGUCGACAGACCGGCUCGGUCCUUGUCUCGCACCUGCUUCACGCAGGCUGUAUUCCCUCCCCAAGUCGCUCUUUACCUCCAACCGCCAUUCUGUCGUUAGUCCGUCAUGCGUAUAUCGCCCAAACAUUUCAAGAAGCGGUCAAGUGAUGCGCUCGACGCCCGCGAACCAUCCGUUGCUGGUUUGAGUGGUUCCGUCACAGCGUCCGCACUUGCCGCUACCGGAUCCAGCCUCAUCCUCAACGCUUCGGGCUCCGUCGAGAGUGUUUCUAUCUCGGACUAUUCGUUCGCUUCAGCAACUGUAACAACCUCACCAACUCUGAUACCGAUGUCAUCUAUCGUACCUUCUGCAUCUGCGUCGGCCGCCUCUGACAUCUCCAGCAACUCCGCUAUACCCGUCGGGACGGUAGUGGGCGCAUGUGUCGGUGCGUUUGCGGGUGCUGGUCUCAUCAUCUUCCUCGUCUACACCUACUCGAAGCGCCACCUUAGCGGUGCCGGCGCCCGCGAUGGUGGGCGAGGUGAGAACUGGAAGAAGCUGCACGACAACCAUGAUGGCGCCCCGAACUCGCCGUCGCAUGACAGCUCGCGGGAGAUGGAGGAGAAGAACCGUGCGCUGUUCAAAAAGUCCACGCCCAGCGUCCGUACGACGCGCACCAAGCUCUCCGACGAGGACCACGGAUUCGGCAUCCCGCCGUUCGAAUUCUCAAAGUACCACCCCAAUCUCGCGCAGGAGCUCGCUCUCGAGAAGCCCGCGCCGGCGUUCGUCGCUCACCGCGGGGACAGUGGCGUCUCAUGGGACGGUUCGACGGUCCAUGACGACUCUUUCCUCUCGAUGCGCUCUGUGCGCGUCGAUUCGGGCACAAUGUCGCCUACGCUAGGCUUGGCCAAGCCGACGCCUGUGGCAACAUCGUCGGCCAUCCAUAAAUGGGAGUCCGCGGAGGUGCUCACUCUCGGGGAAGAGGACGUUGCCGGGCCGAAGGAGGUCCAGAAUCCGUUCGCGGAUGUCGCCGAGCAGCGGCGCAGCGUUGCCAAUCCCUUCUUCAAUGCGCAGGAGCUCCACCGCUCGCCGACGAACCGCAAUCGUAGUCGUAGCAACAGCCGCAGCGGGAGCCGUACAAGCCGCAUCAGUCGCACGCGCAGCGCCAGUGAUACUCGUAAUGCGAGCUACCGCCAGUCCGAGCGCCUCUCGAAUCCGUUUGCGGAUGUGCAGGAAGUGCCGGUAUACCGUGUGUCCCCGCCGGCCCAACACGAACACACGGACUCGGUCGCCAGCAACUCCAGCGGAAACAUGUUUGGCGAACAUGCGAUGAAGUCCCUGAUUGCCGCUCUAGACCUGACGCAGGAAGAGGUUGAGGGGCGCCUGCGCGCCGUCUCGAUGCACGAGUCGACGAUGUCACGCUUUUCGACGAUCACUGGCGAUGAGGCCAUCGCGACAAUGCGUGCAUUCCCUAUGCCGCCUGCCACCGAACAGAGGUACAGUGAAAACGUUCUCAACAUGAUGCAGCCAAGCAGACGACCCAAAGCGUCAAUGCAGAUGUCCGUAUCACAAGCACCAGCCGGGACCAGCAUGCCCUCGCCCUACCUAGCUGCAGCUCCGAGUCAGUCCCUGCAUCACGAUGACGCAUUCGUCCACGAAAAGCACGGGCCUCCCGGAGUGUCAAGCGUGACAUGGAUGCCAAGGCUGGACGUCCGCUGCGGACGCACGGGCACCACGCCCUCCACGGGCGCCGCGAACGCCCACAAAGGCGCGGCACCGAGCUCGAUGUCGCCCGGGCGUCCACGGCUGUCUCGCCCGACGAUGCACCAGCCGUCGCCACAUGUCCGCACGACGGCGACACGCUCGCCCGCCGCGAGCGCGAGCUCGUCCGGGAGCGUGGGGCGGAAUGCCUGGCGGACCGUGCGCGUGUGCGCGUGCGCGUCGUCGAGCGCAGAAAUGGAGGACGCGGUCGAGUAUGUGCUCGUGCGGUACGCGCCGUGGCGGCGCGAGGCCCGCGGGCCCGGCACGGAGGGGUCGGAGAUGGGUUGGGAGGAAGGGCCGGGCUGGGGGAGGGUGGAGGUGCCGGACACGGGGCGCAGCAAGGAGCUGCGCCGCGAGCCGGUGGGCAAGGGCACGGGUACGCGGGAGACGGGCGGGAGGGGAGUGAGGUGGUCGGAUGCGGAUCCGGCUUCGCGGGUGACGAGGAUUCGGUCUGGGAGGACGACGCUUGCGGGAACGGUGAGCGUUGCGUGCUGGAUGUGGGGCUCGAGGGACUUACAUCGACUCCUGGGGGGCAGGGGCGACGUCCGGGAUGCGCACGCCCAGCUUGUCUCUCCGCGCUUCACGGUGCUUCCUGUAGAAGUGGAUGCCCAGCCAGGAUCCGCCUACGAGCACGAUGACGAGGGCGACAAUGAGCCCAGCGAGCUGGACGUCGUCGUGGCGUACAGAGUCGGGCGAGGAGCUUAA